UCUGUGGCGGGAGCAGAAACGAGUGUCAGUGAGAUCGCCUAUGAUUGCCUUACUUUUCCUAUUACUGUUUGACAUCGUGUGUGCGUUUGGACAAGACCACAGUAAACGCAAAGACGAGCUCACAAAAGCUCACAGAAGUUCAUUGACCGCAAUAUAUGGCUGUGUAUACUGACAAAAUCGUCUUUUACACUUACUAAGUCGGUUUAUUGUUUUUUUUUUCCUCCAGUCGACGCCAGUCACCUAACCAAAGAGACACCUGCCGCCGACGACGCAGGCUACCCUCUCUCUUUUGUAAUAUCGACAAUCCAUCGACAGUUUUUCGUACCAUUUUUCUUCUUUUGUGGAGGAUUUUGUCUCAGAAAGGAAUUAAUCAGUAACUUGUUUUAGCAAAUUCCAACAGACCUGCUCAGGAUGCCUUGGAUGAGCGUCUGUCUGCCAUGGAGUUGCAUUCGGGAAAGCGCGAAGCUCUGUGACUGAACAAACUAGCCGUACUGCGGCACGGCUUCGCGAAAUAAACGCUUUGCGGCUGUCUGUCCACUUGCUGAGUCGCAGGAAUGUUGUAAAAACCGCUAGUUUCGCGUGGGACUGGGGGACUGAGAGUCGAAGAAGGCGAAGAGACCACAGCAGGUGCACGUGAACGCAGGAAUAUUAUCAUGGCUUUCGCGGCGGUUUCCCUCUACCUCCUCGCGCUCGCCUGGACGAACUUGCGCCCGGUCCACGGGAACAACCGUCACGCCGUGUACUGGAACAGCUCAAACAUCCACUUGCGGAGAGAGGGUUACACCGUACAGGUCAGUGUUAAUGACUACCUGGACAUCUACUGUCCACACUACAACCAGAGCCAGCGGGGGGCCCUAGAGCGCGGUGUGGCCGAGCAGUACGUUCUCUACAUGGUCAGUUACCGAGGCUACCGCACCUGCGACCCACAGAUGGGCUUCAAGCGCUGGGAGUGCAACCGGCCGCACGCCCCCCACGCGCCCAUUAAGUUCUCGGAGAAAUUCCAGCGUUACAGCGCCUUCUCGCUAGGCUAUGAAUUCAACGUGGGCCAUGAGUACUACUAUAUAUCUUCACCAAUCCAUCACCAUGGACACAGCUGUUUAAGACUGCGGGUGUUUGUCUGCUGUUCUACAGUCUCUAAUGCAGAUGAUGACUCAAACCAGAGUCCACCUGACUACACUGUCAGACCCAAACUGCAUGACAUUGAUGAGUUUAACCCUGAGAUCCCUAAACUGGAGAAGAGCGUCAGCGGCAGCAGUCCAUCUGGAGACCGACUGUUAAUCACUGUGGCGACACUUCUCCUCGCUGCUCUCCUCGUGUCCUAGCAACAGUCUCUCCCUCUCUCUGACAUUUCUGAGCCAGCAGUCCCGAGCUCUAAAAAAAAGAUCGCCUUUCGUUCAACCUGUGCGGGAGAUUAUCCAAUCAGAACAGAUUAACCACUAGUCAAGCCCUAAACGUGGGAGCUGAUUGUAGAUCUACCGCACCCAAAUAGUGGCCUUUGUCUCCACGAUUUUGGACCUUACGAUUAAGGAUGACAUGCAUCGUUUUCAGAAUUUGCCUUUGUGAUCGAACAUCCUCUCUUCUCAAACAUACUCGCAGAGAAAAAAAAACAAAACAAAAAAAUAAUCCAAGAACAAGUCAGUUCUCAUCUUCAGUGAACCAAUCCAGACUGGGGCAGCUCUUGAGGUGGACAUUUUGAGAUUGACAUGAACUCAAAUGGAUAUGACAAGCGUCAUAGUGCUCAGUGCUUUGACCGUGGAUCUCAGCUGAGGGACUCAAGGAGUGUUGGAGACCUUUGAUCCUGUCUUAACAUUCUGUCACAACCCGCACCCACAGUAUGUGACUGCAAUUUGUGUCAGUCAUUGAUAGUGUUGCAGCAGAGAUCAAUAAAACUCAUUUGCCAGUUACUAAGUUCAGGUGUAAGGCUUAUGAAUAGUUCACAGAAAGGCACGGCUGCUGUUUCUGCUAGUUGCCGGCCUGGAGUCUCGUUUGUGAGCUGUAAUGGGAAACUAUUGCUGAACUUGAAAACUAGAGGCAGAUUAUCGGUCAGAGACCAUCACUAUUGUUCGUUUUGUGACAGAAAGUGUUUGGUCAUCAUAGCAGCGCACAUAACAAAAGAGAAUCGGGACGGACCGAAAGAAGAGUAGAUAAUAGAUAGAUUUGCUAUAGUAUUUACGUGGCAUCAUGGGAAGGUACUGGAUUGGCCAGUGCCACUGAUUAGCAUAGUGGCCAUUUUUGUAAGAGUGGUUGAGUCAUAAACUGCAAUUCGCUGUUUUAUAUCGAAGAAUUGCGAUGCAGAAUUAGUUUUUACUGUACGAUACAUAUUUAACUGCUCUUUGAGUAUGUUACUUUAUAUACUUAAUUUAUUGAGUUAUUUAUUGAUCAUUUGAUCUUUUUUUGAAACUUUGUGAGUUUUGUCUGCUUUUUUGAGGGAUCUUUCCUCAUCUUUGCUAAUGCCAAAUUAUUAAGUUUGUUUUUGUUCAUUUCAUAGCCUUUAUUUCUGUUUAUGUGCCAGCAAAUUCUCAGUUUUCAAAACUCAUAGUUACAGAAAAAAUCUUUAAUGCAUCUCAUCCAUUGCUCCUAGUUGAAAUAGGUGCAAUAUCUUCAUAAGGAGAGUCAUUAUUAUAGGAAAGUUUGAGAUUGUUGUAAUCUAUAUUGGUGGGUGGGGCUGGGAUAACUUUUAGGGAGGGGUUUCUUGAAAGGGCAGGGCCUCAGUGCAGUAACAAAUCCUCAGACCGCUGCAGACAAUGUCAAGAGUGAAUGUCUAUGUUAAUGUUUCUGCGUAUGUGUCUUAUGAGUGUGCACUUUACAAGGGAUCAUAUGAAAGUGUGCGCGUUUUGGCAUUUUCAUAUGCAUUUAGAUACACAUUUGUAGGUUUUAAAUACUCAAGCUUGCGUGAGAGUUUUAGCUCGUGAGAAUGGGGCAGGCAAGAACGAAAGCAUUUAUCAUUGUUGGAAACAACAGUACCAAUCGUGUUUACCGUACAAUGAUAACAAACAUGUAAAUGAAUCAUGAAUGACAAUUACCAGAAUGAAACUUAAUAAACAAUUCUUAUUUAAACAGUC